GCAAAAUAAACUCUGAGCCCUCACGUGAUCCUAAGUGACGUACGUACGUAUAUAAAAGGAGUGGCUCCGCCUAGUCCUUUCUCUUCCAGCUCUUCUUUUUGCGGUGUUCGGCAGCUGUGGGUAAUCGUGGCUCAGAAGGUGAAUGCUGUACUAUUCAUGGAGGGUUUCACAUAUAAUUCAGUACUUAUGGAAGGAAGAUAUCUUGGUUCUGCAGCAAGACUAAUGUGUAGUGCAGUGUGGUCUAGCUGCCUCUGUUAUAAACUUCAGUACAUCUACUUAGCAUGGGCUGAAUGCCAAAAAGGCCGCCUUAACUUGGCUGUGGGCUGAAAUGUCAGAAGGUUGGAUUCAGAAGCAAAAAAGGUGUUGGAAUGACUUCGAAUAUCUCUUUAGAGUUGCACUGCAGAUAAUGGUUCUGACCAUGGAAUUACUAACCUUGGUGGACAAGGAUUCUCAGAUUUUAAUUUGCCUGUUGUGAGAGGCACAGUGGAAGCUAGUGAAAAGAGGAAUGGUCUGAACUUCACAGCAUAUUGAUUAAACUGGCAAAUGUUCUGGAAGAAGAAAGUAAUCUUUUGUCUGCCUGAAUUCUCUCAAAUUCUUGGUGGUGAACAGCUUGAACUGACCAAUGAAUGUGAAAAAUAUGAAGCUGCAGCCUUGCCCAGGAGAAAUUUAACUUGAAAGUAGUGGAAGAUCAUUUAGAUUCAGGUUUUGUGACACCUGGAAAAUAAAAUGAUUCUUUAUCAUCGAUUGUAAUUUUUUAUUUAUUGUUAUACAGCCACUCUCAUGGCUGUAUACUAUAGCGAGCUUGGAUUUUUCACGUUCUGCAAUGUUAAAUUGAAAAUAUCCCUCAUGCCAUUCUGAUGCUUCCCAUUAGCUCAUUUCAAAACAAAACCUUUCAAAACUUAUAGUCCUGAACUCAGAAACGCUUGCUUAACAAGCCUCUCAGUUUUCAUGGCGAUACACAAAAUGGUCAGAGAGAAUAAAGAGUUCAAAGUCUAGAAAGAGCGGAAAACCCCCCAGAGCCCUUUUGGACUUUUUUCUGUCAGAGUUCUCAUAAUCUGUUGAAAUUCAUUAAAAAUCAGCCAUGUUCACAGAGUACCUGUAAUCCUGUUAAUCACCUUGCCCCAUACUCUGACCUUCAUCUUCUGCAGUUUAAAAGUUAAAAAAAAAUGCCUGGCUGAUUUUUAAUUAAUUUAAUAAAUUUUUGCUGGAACCCAAUUAUAACAUCGGGCAUGCUCAGUAAGAACCAGCUGUCAGUGUUCUAAAAGCCAGACUCCCAGCGGCUUGGCUAAUCGGGGCCACACCCACACCAGACUUUGAUUUCACUUGAGACAGUCAUGGCUUCCCUCAAUCCUGGGAAGUGUAGUUUGUGAAGGGUGCUGAGAGGAGACUCCUGUUCCACUGAGAGCUCCAGGGGCCAGAGUGGUUUAACAGCCAUUCUGAUUGAAGGUUGGUGAGAACAGGGCAUCUCCUAGCAACUCUCAGCAUCCUUCCCAGGAUUCUUUGAGAGAAGCCAUGACUGUUCAAAGUGAACCAAAGGCCUGGUGUGGAUGUGAUAUGCCUGCUAUAAAAUAAAAAGGUGGGGGAAAUGCUGAAAAGCAAUGAUACUGUUCACAAUGUUUUCUUUUGGAAAAGGAAGGGGCUUCCCCUCUGCCCAGUGCCCACCCACCCAAUCGCCUCCCCCUCCUUCUCCGUUCCCUGCCCCUCCCCCAGGUCAGUGUUGGAGUACGACCUGGGAGACCAGGGGUCGAAUCCCCAACAGCCAUGAAGCUCACUGGAUGACCUUGGGCCAGUCAGAGGAAGGCAAUGGUAAAACCACCUCUAAAUACCAUUUACCAUGAAAACCUUAUUCAUGUUACCAAAUUCUUCCAAGCCACACAGGAGGUAGAUUGGACAGUGAAAAACCGACCCAAAUUGUGUUUGCAUUUUGACAAAUUUGUAGGGUAGUACAAUAUCUCAGUAGACUGUCCGUGGCGCAGAGUGGUAAGCGGCGGUAAUGCAGCCGAAGCUCUGCUCACAGCCAGAGUUCGAUUCCAACAGAAGGAGGAAGUCGAAUCUCCAGUAAAAGGGGUCGAGGUCCACUCAGCCUUCUAUCCAUCCGUGGUCAGUAAAAUGAGCACCCGGCAUAUGCUGGGGGGUAAAGAAAGGCUGGGGAAGGAACUGGCAAUCCCACCCCAUAUAUACGGUCUGCCUCGCAUGACAUCACCCUAAGAGUCGGAAAUGACUCGAACUACCGAGUGCAGGGACGCCUUUACUUUUUUUACAAUAUCUCAGAGAAGGUCAGGUCUCCUGGUCCCCUGGUGCAUUCACUAUAGAAGUUUGAUAGAAAUAUCUGUGGGCUAUAGGUACGUUCUUAAACUGCAAGGUUUUUUGCCUAUUAGUGAAUUAUGUAAUAUAUAUCCCACCCUUCCUCCCAGUAGGCGCCCAGGGUGGCAAACAAAAGCACUAAAAAAAGCUUUAAAACAUCAUAAAAACAGACUUUAUAUUACAGCAUCUUUAAAAAUAUUUUUAAAAAGCUUUAAAACCAUCUGUUUUAAUAAAAAAAGUUUUAAAACAUUAAAGAGCAGUUCCAACACAGACUGGGAUAAGGUCUUAACUUAAAAGGCUUGUUCAAAGAGGAAGGUCUUCAGUGGGUGCCAAAAAGAUAACAAAUGGCACCUGUCUAAUAUUUAAGGGGAAGGAAUUCCGCUAUAAGAUGGUCUUUCAGGCAGCCUGGUCCCAAGUUGCGUAGGGCUUUGUACACCAAGAUCAGAACCUUGAACUUAGCUCGGUAGCUAAUGGGUAGCCAGUGCAAUCUUUCAUCAGCAGGGUGCCAUGUUGUUAAUAUCCUGUGCCAGUGAGCAUUUUGCACCAGCUGCAGCUUCCGGACCUACUUCAAGAGUAGCCCCACAUAGAGCACAUUGCAGUAAUCCAGCCUGGAGGUUACCAGUGCAUGGACAAUAGUGGUGAGGAUAUCCUGGUCCAGAAAGGGUUGCAGCUGUCUCACCAGCCAAAGCUGGUAAAAGGCACUCCUAGCCACAGAGGUCACCUGGGCAUCUAGCGACAAAGAUGAAUCGAGGAGCACCCCAGACUAUGGACCUGCUCUUUCAGAGGGAGUACAGCCCCAUCUAAAGCAGGCAACUGACCAAUUAUCCGAACUCUGGAACCACCAAUCCACAGCAUCUCCAUCUUGCUAGGAUUCAGACUCAGUUUAUUGGCCCUCAUCCAGCCCACCACCAACUCCUUACUCAGAUAUUAUACAGAAAUAGAGCUGGGUAUUGUCAGUAUGCUGCUGUCACCUUGCCCCAAUUCUGCUGACUGCUCCCAAGGGCUUCAUAUAGAUGUUAAACAGCAUGGGGAUCUAGAUAAUGUGUUUCAUCCAAGAGUGUUUGCAAUUGCUGUGCUACAACCCUCUAUUUGUGGCCAGUCGAUAGCUGUCACAAACCAAUGGGUCCCACUCCCUCCUGCAAUGAUGUAUUGACCACACCCUGGAUCAACUUGGUCACCUCCACCCCUGGCAAGCUUUAAUAAGCCAAGAAGGGCAAGGGUCGAGAGGACACCUUGCUGGCAGCACCAUUGCAAGCACCAUGUCCAUGUCAUCAUUAAUUUACAUUAAUAGACUCAGAAUAGUAGAGUUGGAAGGGGCCUAUAAGGCCAUCGAGUCCAACCCCAUGCUCAUGCAGAAAUCCAAAUCAAAGCAUUCCCAACAGGUCCAGCUGCCUCUUAAAUGCCUCCAGUGUCGGAGAGCCCACUACCUCUCUAGGUAAUUGGUUCUGUUGUUGUAUGGCUGUAACAGUUAGGAUUUUUUCCUGAUGUCCAGUUGGGAUGAUCGAGAAAAGAUCCCAGCCCUCUGUGUGACAACCUUUCAGGUACUGGAAGAGUGCUAUCAUAUCUCCCCUCAGUCUUCUCCAGGCUAAACAUGCCCAGUUCUUUCAGUCUCUCCUCAUAGGACUUUGUUUCCAGUCCCCUGAUCAUCCUUGUUGCCCUCCUCUUAACCUGUUCCAGUUUGUCUGCAUCCUUGAAGUGCGGAGACCAGAACUGGAUGCAGUAUUCAAGAUGAGGCCUAACCAGUGCUGAAUAGAGGGGAACUAAUACUCCGUGGUGCAGAGUGGUAAGUGGCGGUAACGCAGCCAAAGCUUUGCUCACGGCCGGAGUUCGAUUCCAACGGAAGGAGGAAGUUGAAUCGCCGGUAAAAGGGGUCGAGGUCCACUCAGCCUUCCAUCCAUCCGUGGUCAGUAAAAUGAGUACCUGGCAUAUGAUGGGGAGUAAAGAAAGGCAGGGGAAGGAACUGGCAAUCCCACCCCAUAUAUGUGGUCUGCCUAGUAAACGUCGCAAGACGUUACCCUAAGAGUUGGAAACGACUCGCACUACAAGUGCGGGGACACCUUUACCUUUAAUACUUCAAACGAUUUGGAAACUGUUUGUUAAUGCAGCCUAAUAUAGCAUUUGCCUUUUUUGCAGCCACAUCACACUGUUGGCUCAUAUUCAGUUUGUGAUCAAUGACAAUUCCAAGAUCCUUCUCACGUGUCGUAUUGCUGAGCCAAGUACCCCCCAAUCUUAUCACUGCAUUUGGUUUUUUUCCUAGGUGUAGAACUUUGCAUUUAUCCCUGUUGAAUUUCAUUCUGUUUUCAGCCCAAUGCUACAGCCUAUCAAGGUCGCUUUGAAUUAGCUGUGCCCCCCCCCAUUUUGUAUCAGCUGCACAUUUGAUAAGCAUGCUGUGUACCUCCUCAUCCAAGUUGUUAAUAAAAAUGUUGAAGAGCAUUGGGCCCAGGACCGAGCCCUGUGGUACCCCACUUGUUACUUCUGUCCAGUUUGAGAAGGAACCAUUAAUGAACACUCUUUGAGAUAUGGAGUGGGGAGACAGUUAUGUCAUCGGGGGAGAUGGAAGCAUAAUAGGGUGUUGGUUGCCCCCAAACUGUCUCCCCAUUCAAAUAGUCUGGACAGCUGUGGUGAUAGUUCCCCUGGGUUAAAAAUGCUUCUUGUGAAUGCCAGAUCGGUGAAUGGUAAAACGGCCAUUCAGGAUUUGAUCCUGGAUGAGCACGCCGACCUGGCUUGUAUCAUGGAGACCUGGUUGGAUGAAGCUGGGGGGGUUAAUCUCUCCCAGCUUUCCCCACCAGGUUUCUCUGUGCAACAGCAGGCGAGACCUGGGGGAUGGGGAGGUAGAGUUGCAGUGAUCUAUCGUGAUACCAUCUCCCUGACCAGGUGCCCUCUCCCACAAUCUUCAGGGUUCGAAUGUGUAUAUUUGAAGUUGGGUGGCCGGGACAGAAUAGGGAUUCUGUUGGUGUACCACCCACCCCGCUGCUCAACAGUCUCCCUUCCUGAGCUAGCCGGGGUGGUCUCGGGGUUGGUGUUGGAGUCCCCACGGCUUGUGGUAUUGGGUGACUUCAACAUCCAUGCAGAGACCGCUCUGUCAGGAGUGGCUCAGGACUUCAUGGCCUCCAUGACAACCAUGGGUCUGUCCCAAGUAUUAUCUGGCCCCACUCAUGCCGCUGGCCACACUUUGGACCUUGUUUUCUGUGCAGGUUGGGAUGAUGGUGAUCUUGGUGUGGAGGAACUCUCUGUAGUACCGUUGUCAUGGACAGAUCACUACCUGGUUGGGUUUAGACUCACUGGGACUCAGAACCUCUGCAGGGGUGGGGGACCGAUUAGGAUGGUCCGCCCCAGGAGACUGAUGGAUCCGGAUGGUUUCCUGAUGGCUCUUGGGGAUUUUCCUGUCACCUCAGCAGGUGAUUCUGUUGAAGCCCUGGUUGACCUCUGGAAUGGGGAAAUGGCCAGGGCGGUGGACACGAUCGCCCCGGAGCGUCCCCUCUCAUGGAGUGGAGCCAAACCAGCUCCUUGGUUUACCAGGGAGCUGGCAGCGAUGAAACGAAUAAGACUGGGACUAGAGCGAUGUUGGCGGAAGACUCGGAACGAGUCUGCCCAAACACGGGCUAGAGCCUAUUUGAAGGCCUACUCUGUGGCAGUGCGGGUAAAGAAGAAGCUUUUCUUUUCUGCCACCAUUGUGUCUGCCAGGAGCCGUCCAGCAGAGCUGUUUCGAGUGGUCAGGGGUCUUUUACAUUCAGGCCCCCAAGAGGGUAAUAUAGACCACUCAACAGCCCGCUGUCAAGAAUUUGCACGGCACUUUGCAGAUAAAGUCGCUCAGAUUCGCUCUGACUUGGACGCUAAAAUUGAUAGUCUCAAGGGAUGUAACUUUGGCUCCUGCUUGUCCAAUAACGCAUUCUUUUCAAUUUGUACAGCCCGAGGAUGUGGACAAGAUCCUUGGAGAGGCGAGAGCCACCACAUGUUUGCUAGACCCUUGCCCUUCCUGGCUCAUUAAGAGUGCCAGAGGGGGACUGGCCGACUGGGUGAGGGGAGUGGUAAAUGCCUCUUUACAACAAGGCAGAAUUCCGGUGUGCCUAAAAGAGGCAGUUGUAAGACCUCUGUUGAAAAAGCCUUCCUUGGAUCCCUCUAUAAUGGGUAACUAUCGGCCAGUCUCCAACAUUCCAUUUCUGGGUAAGGUAAUAGAGCGUGUGGCGGCUGCCCAGCUCCAGAAAUUCUUGGAUGAAACAGAUUAUCUUGACCUAUUUCAGUCUGGUUUCAGGCCCGGCUACGGAACAGAGACUGCUUUGGUCGCCUUGGUGGAUGACCUAUGCAGAGAGCUGGACAGGGGGAGUAUGUCCCUGUUGGUUCUACUGGACCUCUCAGCGGCUUUUGAUACCAUCGACCAUGGUAUCCUUCUGGGCCGCCUUGCCAGGAUGGGACUUGGGGGCACUGUGUUGCGGUGGCUUGGCUACUUCCUGGAGGGACAAACCUAGAAGGUGGUGCUGGGGGAUUCCUGUUCGACUCCUUGGCCAUUGACAUAUGGGGUCCCUCAGGGCUCAGUUUUGUCCCCCAUGUUAUUUAACUUCUACAUGAAACCCCUGGGUGAGGUUGUCCGGGGGUUUGGGGUUCGGUGUCAUCAGUAUGCGGAUGACACCCAACUCUAUUUCUCCUUUCCACCUAAAGCCAAGGAAGCUGUCCUGGUCCUGAACCGGUGCCUGGCAUCAGUGAUGGACUGGAUGAGGGUGAACAAAUUGAAAUUAAAUCCAGACAAGACAGAGGUGCUUCUGGUUAGUCGAAAGGCAAAUCAGGGAAUAGGGAUUCAGCCUGUGCUGGAUGGGGUUACACUCCCCCUGAAGACACAGGUUCGCAGUUUGGGUGUACUCCUGGACUCAGCUUUGAACUUGGAGGCCCAGGUCUCUGCAGUGGCCAAGAGUGCUUUUGCCCAGCUAAGACUGGUGCGCCAGCUGCGCCCGUUCCGGGAGACGCCUGUUUUGACUACAGUGAUGCAUGCCUUAGUUACAUCCCGUUUAGAUUACUGUAACACGCUCUUCGUGGGGCUGCCUUUGAAGACUGUUCGGAAACUUAAACUGGUACAGAGAGCUGCAGCCAGAGUGCUCACUGGAGCUGGUUACAGGGACCGUACAACCCCCUUGUUGUGACAGCUCCACUGGCUGCCAGUUUGUUUCCGGUCACAAUUCAAAGUGCUGGUUUUGACCUAUAAAGCUCUAUACGGCCUAGGUCCAGACUAUUUGUCAGACCGUAUCUCCCCAUAUGAGCCUAUCCAGGUGUUGAGAUCCUCAGGAGAGGCCCGUCUCUCAGUCCUUUAAGAUAGGGCCUCAUAAGGUCUGUUGUAUUGUUCUAUGGUCCUAUUCUUAAUGUUUUAAAUUGUCUUAGUAUUUUAAGUGUAUGUUUCAUGGUUUUAAUGUUACGAAUAGUUUAAUUCUAUUUUAAUUGUAUAUUUUUGUAUGUUUUUUACCUAUGUGUGGUUUUUAUUUGUAAGCCGCCCUGAGUUCCAGUUUUGGAAAAAGGGCGGGGUAAAAAUAAAGGGUAAUAAUAAUAAAGUAAAUUUGAGUACGAUUCUGGAGCCAACUGCGGAUCCAUCUGAUAGUUGUUCCAUCCAGCCCACAUUUAGCUUGCUUGCUAAUCAGAAUAUCAUGCGCCACUUUGUCAAAAGCUUUGCUGAAAUAGAGAUAUAUUAUGUCCACAGCAUUCCCAGUCUACAAGGGAGGUUAUCCGAUCAAUAAUAAUAGAUGUGAAUCCUUAAGCACCGGGUCAAAGUCAAUGUACUGUAUCAAAGAUGGAUUUUAUAAGAGUACAGCAAGAGAAUUGGGGCAGCAUAAGCUUGCCCUGCUGAGCAAAUACCUCAUGAAAUCUGACAGCAAACUACAGAGGAAGCAAAUUUUCUAAUAUGGCCCUUCAUGUAUAUCAAAGCGCAGUGGGACAAUUUGGAGCAAGAGGGGUCCAGAAGAAAUGGACCAGUCACCCCGACUUACAUGAAAUUUGAAAAGCUGCCUUUGGAUGACUGAGAGAUGAGACCAAUAUAAGGAAGUGCCUGUAUUUCCAUAUCAGUGGUUUAAGCCCCAUUUGCCUGGUUGUGUUAUUGACCCAUAUGGCUGCAUACAGUUUUAAAGUAGAAGGGCCAGUCAGAUGGCUGGAAAGGUGCCCCUCCUUGUAGUUCAGAUGGAUGAAUAGUAUAAUUUCACAACAGACAAUAUGGGGAAGCAAGACAGAAGAUAGUAGCAUAUUCUGUAUUAAUCUUGCCAAAUGCCUCUUAUGUAGUAAAAAAAUUAAA